AUGGCGAAUCGAAGCCAUUUCCCUUAUCGUGAAAAGGUAACUGAGGCAGAAAGGCUUGAGCGCGAAGAAUUACAGACCGACGAUGGUCCAGAAGCCUCAAUAGAUCAAGGAGUCUUACUAGACCAAGGGGACACAGAUGGAACAGGAGUGGACGCCAUCACUAACGACUUUGGGGGUUUAUUUCCAAGAAAUGAAUUGCUAUACGUCCCGGAUCAUCAGCUCGUACCAAAAUCAGUAAAAACAACAUCGCUGGACAGAGCUCUGGCCUAUCUUGAUUCAACUUCUGGAAAUUCUGGGCCUACUGGAAACUACGCCCUUCAACGGUUUAUUCAAUCGCCAACGGUACCAUUAGCCCAUCUGGCAGACCCUUUUAGUCUCAGCACUGCUUCAACAGAUCAAGAAUCUAGACAUGAGAUGGACAGACCGAGCGAUCCCUCAUACUCAGAGCCUUUUGAAACGAUAAGAUCAUAUUCACAGCCGACGUAUGGAAUAAACGGUGAGAUUGUACAGACGGGAAAUUUGAGUUAUCUAGCAAAGCAUAACCCGGUGUUCCCUCCCCUGCCAUCAGGGUCCCGACUGCAGUUGGGUAAUCUGCAACAGCAACAAAUAGAAGCCGGUGCAAUGGGUAGGGCCACACAAUCUUCACUAGUCAAUUUGGAACUGGAAUCACCUGGUCCGAGUGAUGAGUCGAAAUCAGAACGGGAAAGUGUAACUACAGGAAUUGGCUCAAGUUUGGACCGACUACGUGCAUUAAGACAGCGAUCCACUAAUCCAUCCACCAACAGAUCCAGUUCGAAUAUGAGUCUGGAUGACGAUCUGGAGUUAUUAGAUUUUGACUUUGACCCACCUAUAACGACAGGCCCCAGAGAGGUAGAGUUUCCGAUUGAAGAUAUUAUUAACACCCAGUUGGUGGAUAAUGUAAGCGUGACGCCAUCAGGCCGAGUCAAUAUUACACCAACGCAAAACCAUCAAUUUGUGCCUGAGUGGUCCCUUCUGCUAGACUAUCCUCAAAAUAUUGUAGCUCCAGAGGGAACGGCUCAAAAUUCUGGCCAGGCAAUAUCAUCUAUGUCGUUUUCAUCAUCUUUCUUGGUAGCACCGCCUGAUUCAUCACAAUUCACACCACCAUCGUCAGGAAUGGGAUAUUAUCCAUUAGAGGGUCUACCUAGAGCUCAAUACGGGCUCUUCCCACCGCCUGGAGUAAUGCAUUCACAUGGGGUACCAACACCUAUAUCCCAAUCCUCAUUUGAAGUACAGAAUCCAUAUGGGAUACAAACACCUAUGCCACAAUCCUCAUUUGCAAUUGAGGUACGGCAUCCAUAUAAUCAACAAGCGCCUGGAGUCCUAUCCUCAUCUGGAAUGAUAGGGAGACCACCAAUGCCACUACCACCAACACAGCCACAACUACGACCACCAUCUGGGCCACCACCUGGUUUAAUGGGGGAUAUGCAUAGGCUAUCACCACGGCCGCUUGUACCUUUCUCGACUGAAUUAAGACAACUACCCGGAGUACCGAUACCCUCUAUACAGCCUAGUGUAACCGAAAAUCCGGACACCUCCACCGGGUUUACAACCACAUCCCCAGGCUAUAGGCCAAAUAAUGGAAAUACAAAAUGGACAAUCAAGCCAUCUAAACGAGGGCAGAACACCUUCACAAUAUACACAAUAUAUAUUGCCGUAUGCAGGAAUGGACCCUAG